GGCCAUCUUCCAUGAGAGGAAUCUUCAAAACCAACUUUUUCAAGAGUCCCUAAUAAAUGGGAAUGCCUUUCAUAUGAUUGAGAGUGCAUGUAUACUGAAGUUCUUAAGCAAGAAGGCUCAUUGUGCGCUCAGCACUGUCUGAAUAACUUACUACAAGGGGAAUAUUUUAGCCCUGUGGAGUUAUCUUCUAUUGCACAGCAGCUAGAUGAGGAAGAGAGAAUAAGAAUGGCGGAGGGAGGAGUUUCUAGUGAAGAGUACAGAACGUUUUUACAGCAGCCUUCUGGAAAUAUGGAUGAUAGUGGCUACUUCUCCAUUCAAGUUAUAAGCAAUGCCUUGAAAGUUUGGGGUUUAGAACUAAUCCUCUUCAACAGCCCAGAGUAUCAGAGGCUCGGGAUCGACCCUAUAAAUGAAAGAUCAUUUAUUUGUAAUUAUAAGGAACACUGGUUUACAGUUCGAAAGUUAGGAAAACAGUGGUUUAACUUGAACUCUCUCCUGAUGGGUCCAGAACUAAUAUCAGAUACAUACCUUGCACUUUUCUUGGCUCAGUUACAACAGGAAGGUUAUUCUAUAUUUGUUGUAAAGGGUGACCUGCCAGAUUGUGAGGCUGACCAACUACUGCAAAUGAUUCAGGUACAGCAGAUGCAGCGACCAAAACUGAUUGGGGAAGAGACUGCACAAUCAAGAGAUGAAAGGGUGCAAAAAACUGACCUGGAACAAGCUUUAGACGUUAACCAUCCCUUUGAUGGAACAGGCAUGUUAGAUGAAGAUGAGGAGAAUUUCCAAAGAGCCCUUGCUCUAAGUAAACAGGAAAUUGAUAUGGAAGAUGAAGAAGCUGAUCUUCGUAGAGCCAUUCAACUUAGUAUGCAAGGAGGCCAUCAAAGUGAGUUUUCAGACUCUGUAUCGCAGAAUAUACCACAUUCGUCUGGUACAAGUCAGUUUGAAUCUCUUUCUUCAGAAGAGCUGCGAAGGAGAAGACAGACAUAUUUUGAAAAACAGCAGCAACAGUUGCAGCAAGGCCAGACCCCAGAUAUACACGAUAAGCCAACUACAAGUUCAAAUGCACUAGGAACAGACCCAGGAGGCGAUAUGAGUGAAGAAGACAUGCUUCAAGCAGCCAUGAAUAUGUCCUUGGAAACUGUUAGGAACUGCCUAAAUACAGAAGAAAAGAAAUGACAAAAUAAUGUUUUCUCUUUUGUUAGAACACUCAAUCUCCAUUAUAAUAUUCUUGUGUGGAUGCUGUACAAGCAGGGUUCAUUUCAGAGACACAGGAUAUUGUCUUACCACAGAUGAGAAGAAGGGGGUCAGAGUUAAAAGGAGAUCUGAAAAUAACAAAAAUAUUGCACCAAUUUAGAAAUUAGCCCUGAUGCUGCAAAACACUUCAACACAUGCAUAACUUUGCUCAGGUGAGUAGUUUCAUUGACUUCAGGAGGAUUACUCAAGUGAGCAAAGUUAAGUGCCUUGUAGGCUCAGGGCCUGUGUGUUGGAUACCCCAAAUAAGGGGCAAGUAUAAUUUACCUUCCUUUCUUAUUAAAUGUCAGCUGCUUGGAGAAUUCAGCACAAAAUUACUAAAUUUAGUGCAGUUUUCUUAUCAGUGAAUUCAGAUGCCAUUCAAUAAUAAUUUAAAAAUAAAUACAAAAAAGUUAGGCUCUUAAAUCAUGAAUAGAAAAUAUGGACAAAUUUUAAAACCAGUAAGCACAUUUUAAAAUGAAAAAAAUUUAAUUCAAUCUUUUACCCUCUAGACCCUGAGUUCAUGGUUCUAUGUUUCUCCUGCAAGAAUUGAUGGUGUUUCGCUUCCCAGAACCUAGAACAGAGCUUACUGCUCUGCUGUUUUGUGCUUGUGAUAGGAUCAUUUCUGCAGGAGAAACACAAAACCAUGAGGUCUUGGCAGUUGAAAAGAAAAAUCUUCAAUAUAAUUGUAAUUAUAAUGGUACCCAAGUUAUCUUAAUGAUUUAAGAUUUUACCUUUUUUGUACUUGCAGUACCUUUAGCAUUAUUUGAAAAUCAUCAUUAAAGGAAAGUUCAUGUCAAAGAUUUCUCCAGUUCUCUUACUUUAGGUCAGAUGAUUUGGCUCCCUCUUCGUACUCUUUCCACUGAAUGCUGAAGUUGGCUUUACUGGAGAUGGUACUUUUUUCUGUGAGAGAGACAUGACAUGUUGGCAAUUGGGCUAAACAGUUUAUUCUUGUCUCUACCUCUCCUGUUUUGUCUUCUGUUUUAAUCUUUGAGUUCCUCCCCUUACCUUGGCCUCUCACCAUUUCUUCCUUCACACGCCUAGUAAGAAUAUCUAUCUCUUCCCUGGUUUGUUAGUUCACCAAGCUGUGUUGAGAGUGGGGGGAAAGGAGGGAGAAAGAGAUUUAGAUGCCAUAACUUCAGUGCCACAUUUCUAAGGUGCAUUCCUGCAAACUGAAAUGACCCCUGUGCAGGUAGCUUUGUUAAGACUGACUGUUUAUGUUUGUAUGUGUGCGCAUGUUUUUUCUCAAAUGCUUUUUACGAAUAUCUUCUAUUUUGUCAGAAUUUUACAGCUUUUUCAGGAAUGGCCUUCAUUCAUGCACCUUACAGUUUGUUUAUCAUGUUGUUUCUGUUACUGAGAAAAAUGGGGAGCAUGAGUAUGCAAGCUAGCUUGUUCAAUCAGUUGUAAGACUUACCCUUUGAUACUCAAGAUGAAUGUGUGACAGAGUGACCAAAUUUGGCUUUCAAUUUUACUGCAACAGUUUAAACACAUUCCUUUUUCAUAAAUGGUGCUUUAACUAUAAAUUCUGUUUACAUAUAAAUUAUAUGGAAAUAUGUUAUAGAUGUAUGGUGUUGAAGCUGUUUUUCACUUAGUAUGUAAGCAGUUGCCACAGACAUUCUAAGAAUAAUCUUUUGAAACUAUACAUUUGAUUUCUUUACCAAAAUAUUUUAAAAUUAUACUAUUGCACCAUAGUAAUGUAUUUAAUUAUAAUUAGUUAGAGUGAAUCAUAAUUAGAUGGAAAUAAACAUUCAGCACAGAAUAGUACUGUAUAUAAAAGGGCCGUUAGGUUUUGGUAAAGAUUUGUGUAGAAUGAUGGCUUCUUGAUGGCUUAGAAUAUUACUGUAAGAUAGAUCCUUAGGCUAAAUUCUGUUUCCUUUACUUGUAUGCUUAAUUUCCACUGAUUUCAGUAGGACCACUUGCAUGAGUAAGGCAAUGUGGAUUUGACCAGAAGACAAGUAAUGCUUUUCAGAAUUGCUUUUUACUUCCACCAUUCUCAUCCUUUGUAGGCAAUACUGUUGUGCAUUUCAGUCUACCUAAUUGACUAACAGAUUAACUCUUUUGCCAUGCCUGCUGCACCAAGUUUUUAAAACAAAGUCACUGCUUUAAAAAACAAAACAAACAAACAAACAAAUAAAAACACACACACACAACUUUGCAGUGCUGAAUGGCUGCACAAACUUAUCAGUAUAGAUUUUGGCUUCAAGAUUGACUGUUCCUUGUAAAUGACAGUGGGAAAGGAUGCAUAUAAAGCAUGAAAUACUGUUUUUGUGAGGCUGGAAAUUCAUCAUGAUUUUUCUUUUUCUCUGCCUACAUUUUACCUGUCAUAAACAUUCUCCUUUUUGGCAUGAUGCAAACAACAGCUGGAUGAUCUCAUUUGACUUAAUUUAAAAUGCAGGGUUUUAUCUUUAUAAAUGGAUACAGAUUUGUAAAGACUUCUUUUUUAAGACAUGGUAAUUGCUAACUUCCUCUUCAGUUAUGUUAUAUUAUAAAUUAAUAUUUCUUUGGCUAUAUACUGUAGCAUUCCUAUAUAAAAAUCUGAACUCCUAUAUUCUAGUGAUGUUAAUGAUUUGAUUUUAUAAUCACUAAAGCAUGGAAGUUCAUGAUUAAAGCACCAAAUCUAUCCUCAAACCACCUCACUGCCUAAGUAUUGUAGCAUACAAGGAAUGUAAGAUCAUAUAAUGCUUAAAAGGCACAACAGGGUGAAUUAGAUUUUAUGGAUAACCAUAUUCCUUUCAAUAAACAGUAUCAUCUAAAAAUUAAGUGAGCUAAAUGUGCACUUGGCAUUCUGAGGAAUAGUAAGCUCACUCAGACUGGUUACCUGUUAGUGAAUCAGUUAAGAGGUAGCCCUGGAGGCUACAUACAUUAAUUGCACCAAAGGAAAAGGUGAAUAUGAACUAGUGACAAUACACAUAUUACAGUGUAGAUCCAAAGUACAGAAUGUGUGGAGCUGCCAAGAAGCCAUCAAUAAAAACUGAUCUCAUUUUCUCAAUGUGCAUUCUUUAAGUGAUAAGCACUUACUGACAUGUAUAAAUUGUGAAACACUUUUGUAAAUAAAGUUUAAACUACUUGAGUCUUUUGCUAGCAGUAGCCAUCUUUCGAAGCUGAAGUUGCAUCCUAAUGUUGUAGCGUUAGUGGUAGAGAGCCCAUUAUGCAGGAGAAUAAAUUAUUUUUGUUCCAGUCUGACAUUUGUAAGAUCUUUAGAUCCUGUCUAUCCUACAAAAAUUAUCAUCUUUAUCAUUAUUAUGGUCCAUGUGAUGUAGUAUGUUCUUCUGUCCACAGAAGUCAGGGAAGAAAAAGUGAUAUCCAUGUUGGGUAGCUACAGAAUUAAAACACGGUUCUGUAAAAUGAUUGUAACUUUUUUUCUGUCCUCCCAGGUAAGGAAAUGAUCAUGCUAUAACAGUUUCAGGCCAGGCCACAAUCAUGUUUAAUUAUGGUUAAUUUUAGGCACUAUAAUAUAAACUCUGCACUAUAAAUGCUGUUCCAAGCCUACCUUUCCAGCGAGCAUGUUAUACCCCGAAAGCCUUUUCUCUUAGCUUUCUCUCAGUAAAGCUUUCUUACCAGCCUU